CAUACAUGCUAAGUUCAUCAACAGAAGACUCGGACAGCGGAAAUUCGUUGCCGUUGGGUUUUGAUCCACAGGAAUUCAGAAAAAAACGAGAAGAAAAGUUGAAAAUGGCAAAAAGUGUGCUCAUCAAGAAGAAGGAAGUUGAACACGUACAGAACCUGCCGGACGAGCUUACAUACAACAAUCUGUUGAAACGUGCGAUGCACAUACUGAAGAGCAACGAUAACACGCAGGCGAAGAUGAAGCUGCCGUUGGAGGUCAAAAGAGAAUUUGGAAACAAAACGAUGAUAAAUUUGGUUGAAAUUGCCAAAAUUCUGAACAGAGACCCCGAUCACAUCAAGAAGUAUCUUUUCAGUGAGCUCGCCACCAGUGGCUCGGUCAACAUUGAGGGCAAGCUGCUGAUGAAAGGAAACUUUCUGAAGGCACAGAUACAGGAUGUGCUCAGGUUGUACAUCGAGCACUUCAUUGUGUGCGCAUCGUGCGAUGCUGUUUUGAACACGAAUAUUGUGAGAGAGAACAAGCUUUACUUCUUGAGGUGUAAGAACUGCGGUGCGAGCCGGUACGUAGGCAAUAUUGUGGAAGGAUUCAAGUCCAAAGGCAAGGUACGGCCAAAAUUGAGAGGUUUGAUCUGAUGGGCAGGAAGGUAAGUUAAGCUGAAUGGUAGUACCACUCGUAUUAAAGUAUAAAUGUGUCUAACAGCUAUGUGAACGGUGCUUCGCAGCAGGCGUAAUACAGCAC